AUGUGCCUCCAGCUGAAUCCCGGCAUUAUUUCGCUAUUGUCACAAGCCGUUAACCGCAGAAAAGCGGCGGGAGAGCAGCAGCAGCAGCAGCAGAUUGAGCAAUCCUUGGCAGUUCAAGUACUGAAGCGAGGAGAGCAGGGCAUGCAAGCAGACGAGCAGCAGGAGCGUUUGUUUGAGGCGCCUCCGCAGCACAUGCGAUCAGGCGAGCAGCUGAUGCAGGUGGAUCAGCAGCAGCUUCCUUUUGAGACGCCUCAGAAGCGGAUGCGGGCACAGGAAGAGCAGCAGCAGGUGCAGCAGCCGGCGCAGGAGAUUCAGCAGACUGUUGAGGAAGUGUUUACACUAGGAGCUCUAGAGCGAGAUGGGCAGAAGGUAGAAGGGGAGCAGCAGCAGCCGGCGCAGGAAAUUCAGCAAACUGUUGAGGACGUGUUUGCACUAGGAGCACUAGAGCGAGGUGAGCAGCAGGCACAGGGGGAGGAGGAGCAGCAGGAGGAGCAGCAGGUGGCGCAGCAGGAGAUACAGCAGGAGAAGCAGCAGGAGAAGCAGCAGGAGCAAGAACAGGAAACACAUCAACAGCAAGAGGAGCAGCAGCACCAACAACAGCAGCAGCAACAUCCCCCUUCUGCCCUUCCUCCCCUCCUGCCUCGACCCAACGUCCCUCCACAUAUCCCUUACUCAACCAGCAAGCCUCCCCUCCUCCCUUCCUCCCACCUUUUCUCCUCCAUGCUUCCCCGCAAGCCUCGCCCCCCCAGGCCUCGCAAAGUCACUCGCCUGCAAUCUCUAGCACCUCCCCCUCUCGCGUCCCCCCAACCUCCUCUCAUCCCCUCUUCCUCCUCCUCUCCCUCCAGUUCCUCCCCUCCCUCCCCUCCCUUGUUACCCUCUGGCUCUGCUUCUGCUGCUGCCGCCACUGCAGCCACCGCUGGUGCUGCUGCCAGUGGUGCUGGUGAUGCUGCUGCGGCUUCUGGAUAUGCAUCUUCUGCUGGUGUUCUUGGUCCAAGCCCAAAGCACACACCAGGCCUUUUCUCUCGGCCUCUUGACUCCCCUCUCGUCCCGUACCCACAACCAUUCCCAUUCUCCGUAUUCUCCUCCUGCAAUUCGCCUCUCUUCCCCACCUCCUCCCCAAGAGGGUUCCUGUGGGCUGGGCUCCCGGAGUCGCCUGCGAGUGUGAUUGUAAGGGAGGAAGCCAUGCUGGCAGCUGCACAGACGACAUCUGGAGAUCCGAUGGCUGUGGCCGCACAGGCAUCAGAAAAUCCAAUGGUUGGUGAUGUGCAUGCCACAGGAAACCCGAGGGCUGCAGAUGGAGGGUCGCCGAGAGAUCCAACGGAUGUGGUUGUUCCUUCUCAGGCUGCUGGUGCAGUCUUGAGCGAAGAUCAUGCAAUGACAGAUGGAGGUGCUUCUUGUGAGAAUCAGCCUGGCUUGACCACGCCUAGUGGUAAGAAAGCAACCCCAUUGCAAGGAGAUGGAGAUGGAGGGAGCCUCAUGGGAUGUACAGCAAUCAGCCCAGCCAAGGCGGAGGAUUCUGGUGGGUCGACUGAUGUGGAGAAAAUGCCUGAAACCCUCACCCUUUUUGAGUAG